UUCAAGGAAUCUGCUUAUGAUGACUGAGUCUAUCUAUAGUCCCGCGUAAAUCAUAAAACUAUGAUGGAUGAUUGAAUUUACUACGAAAUAGUUUCUAUCGUUCGAAUUUUAAAUAAUUAAACUUCCUUAUUAUUAAAUUUAUGCUUUUUUCUUUGUCUUUAUAAUAGGUUUAUGCUAGUUCUAUAAAUUAAGUAGAUGAUUCAUGUUCUAUACAGUCACAAUUCAAUAGAUCAAGAUAAACACUCAAGCAAAUCUUGGUAUCUCUCCUCAAUAACACACCGAUAUCGGAGUAUUCUCUCCGGCGAUAUGAUGAAGCAACGGAUAGUUCUGAAGAUGGAUAUGAGUGACGGUGAGAAAUCGAUGAAGAAAGCUAUGAAAAUCGCAUCUGGAAAAUUCGGUGUGAGAUCGGUCUCGAUUCAGGGACAGAAUGAUCAGCUAGUUUUGUUGGGAGAAGGGAUUGACUUGGCGGAGCUAACACGUGAGCUCAAGAAGAAAGUUUGCAACACGAGUAUCAUCACCGUGCAGGCCGCUCCGCCGCCUCAACAGCAGCCACAUCCUAUGGGCCAGUACAACAACCAGAUGCCUCCGGCGAGAAGAUGUACUUGUGAGAUACCAAACUCAGGUUUCUGCGGAUUAUGUUGUUCUAUGAGUCAGCAACACACUACUUAUCAUAUGGUACCAUCCCAGUAUCCUCCUCCUCCGGUGCUCUAUUGUCGUGAGGAGACCGAUGUUUGCAGAAUUUUGUGAUGUGACGCUUGAGUGUUUUUAUUUUUUUGGGUUGAGUUUUUUUUUUUAUCUAAAAAAAAAAAGAUAUUCUUAUAAUUAUUCUGAUCAUAUGAUGUAGUAAAAUACAAAAAUUGUUAAAUUCGUGAUGCUGUAAAUGUUUUGUUUAUGUUUUUGAACUAAUUAAUUGUUGUAAAAUGUAAAUAUUGUGACAGUGGAUUAUUUUAUAAGAGAAUAUGUAAGUUGUGUU